UUUCCGGGGUCAGAGUCUGUCUGCUAAUGGAAGUUUCUAGCAGUCAGAAGCAUGAGUGAAGCUGUGAGUUAUUACUGUAAUUAUUAAUAUCAUCAUUAUCAGAGCGCUCCCGCGGUCUCCUCGGAUGUGUUUGUGAGAGGCUGAAGAUGUUCGGCUGUUUAGUCGCGGGACGACUGGUCCAGACAGAUGCGCAGCAGGUCGCCUCUGAUAAGUUCGUCUUCAAUCUGCCGGAUUAUGAGCAUGUCAAUCAUAUAGUGGUGUUCCUGCUGGGCACGGUGCCCUUCCCGGAGGGCAUGGGCGGCGCGGUGUACCUGUGUGUGCCGGGCGGGGCGGCGGGGCAGGUGUGGCAGCUGCUUGGCUUCAUCACCAACGAGAAACCCAGCGCCAUCUUCAGGAUCUCCGGGCUGAAAGCAGGUGAGGGCAGUUCCCACCCGUUCGGGAUGAUGGAUGCUCCUGCGGCCCCCUCUAUGGCUCAGGUGGGCGUGUCUGUGGAGGGUUUACACCUGUUGGCUCAGCAGACUCCAGUCUCCAGCUCUGCCGUCUCCACCCUGGACUCCUUCACACAGUUCACACAGAAGAUGCUGGACAGUUUGUUCAACUUCACCUCCUCUUUUGCGCUGUCGCAGUCACAGAUGAGCCCGAACCCGUCAGAGAUGUUCAUCCCGGCCAGCUCCAUCCGCAGAUGGUAUGAAAACUUCCAGAGGCGACUGAUGCAGAACCCUAACUUCUGGAAGACAUGAGUCGCUCAGCGUGUGUGUGUGUGUGUGUGUGUGUGACACAGAUCCUCUGCUGCUGGUGGUCAGAUUCUUUUCUAACACACUGAAGUCAUGAAAUAAAGUCUGUAGUUGAUUCUGUA